AUGAUGAUGCCCCCGGUGGCCGAGGAACACCACCCAGUGGCCGUAUCCUACCCAGGGAAUAUUUCUUCGGAUGGUGACAAGGUCAUGUUUGAAGCAAAAUCUGGUAGAAAUGGCGCAUGGUACGAUGUUGCUGCCUUUCUGUCCCACAGGUUCACUGAAACAAAGCACCCGGAAGUACUAGUUCGAUUUACUUGGUUUGGACCUGAGGAGGAUGAAUGGGUUGAUGUUUGUAAAUGUGUGAGACAGCGUUCUCUUCAAUGUGUUACUGUGAUGCCUGGGGAUCUCAUUCUUUGCUUUAAGGAAGGCAAAGAGCAGGCCCUCUAUUUUGAUGCACACGUUCUUCAAGUUCAAAGGCGCAUGCAUGACAUAAGGGGGUGCCGCUGUAGGUUUCUUGUUUGUUAUGAUCAUGAUCACUCUGAGGAGUUGGUUCCACUGAGCAAGGUACGCCGUCGAUCAGAAACUGAUCACAUGCACCAGAAAGCCCAAAAGCCACACAAGAUGAUGGAUGUGAACACUGACAAGGUUACCGGGGGUGGGGUUCCCAUUCCACCAGAUCAAUUAGGGCCAUCUGACAAGCUGGUUGCUCCCUUACUAGACGCACAUACUAGCACCUGCAGCAAUUCAGUGGCAAGUGUUGAGAUGGGGCAUGCGGAGGCUGCCCCAAACAGUGAAGCUGCAAAUGAAGCACAUGGCGACAAGAUGAAUGUGGGAGUGUCGUUCUUUCGCUUCCCUUGCAUUUUGUUGUGA